CUGAAUAGUAUAAAAACUUCUCCGUUUCAGCUUUUCAGAAUAUACGCGCAAGAUCCUGCACCCCACAUAGUAGCCUAUUUUUACCAACUGCGUUGGUCGUGUGACACAUUUAGCCUUUAGCUAUAAAUGCAUAUUUCAUAUGGUAUUUAACAACCACACAUUGUCGAACGCGUUAAUUCAGCAAAGGCUAGCCGUAUAGACAUUGUUGUAAUCAAACUCGAAGCAAAGUAGCCUACCAGAAAAAAACUCCGCGUUUUGGGGAAGUCCCUCAAGGAAAUCCCCUUUAGUGUUGGAAUAUUAUUUCGUAGGCUAUUGAACCCGCAGAUUACUGACUGAGUGUAUAUUUACCAAAUCGUAAAGUGAGUGUGAUCUGAAAAAUGAAAUGUUGACUGUGACUGUAUAGACAGGACUGAAGGCUCUGAUUUGUGGAUUUGACCGAAAAGGAUAUGGAAAAAAUAAAAGCGGAAAAAGUUGCAGUAAACUCCAAAUUGCCUAGUAGCUACAGGCUGAACACUUCAUAUCAAUGGACUGGACAUGAAAUGGACGGCACAAUUGCAGAUCUUGAAGCUAGAUUGGGAAGAUACGAUGGCACAUGUAUGAAGGUGGACACAGAGGAAUCUUUCGCAUUGAAACCACCGAAAUCUUUGUUGGGUUUGUGUAAUGAAGCGAGUAAUAUAAACCAAAGUCUGCCAGAUAGCCCUACAGAGACGCACGGUGUCCAUAAAUCGAAGACAAACAAACUUGAGUUUGACUGCCGGCUGCAUCAUGCAUGGGAGACCGAGCAUGAGAUAUCAGGAAUCGCAGAUAGGCAGCUGCUCCUGAAGGAGUUUAGAAAGCAGACAACAGAGGAGCAGUGGACAAUGAAGGAUGAGCAGGACCUGUUCUGCAGCUCUCUGGAUGAGGUUUCGCCAAACCAGCUGGCGGCCCAACUUGGGGCCAUGAUCACGGUGUGUCAGGAGCUGCUGAAGAGGCUGGAGAGGAAGAGGCAGGGGGAUGGGUCUAUGGAGAAAGGGACACAUGAGCUGCCAUUUAAACAGUCUACUGAUUACUCAAAAGCUGCUCAUCUCAAUACCUUAGUCAGCAAACUGAGAGAGGAAAACAAGGAGCUGAAGCAGAGAAUUGCCAUUGUCGAGAACCUUAAUUCUGAAUGGCAGAAGUAUGACCAGGGCAGAGAAGAGUAUGUGAAAGGAUUGUGCAAGAGACUGAAGGAGUCCGAUCCCUUGGCUGGUGUGGGAGUGGCGUUGCGGGCAGGUGUAGGAACAGAAGCACUGGUGCAGCAGGAGAUAGCGAGACUGAACUGCCUCCUGGAUGAAAAGAUGAAGGACUGCACUAAGCUCCGCAGAGAGCUGGAGGACUCCAGGAAGGAGUAUCAGGAACACAUCCAGGCCCUGAAGCAGCAGGCCCUCAUUUAUGAGGAAGACUUUAAGUGUGAGCGUGCCGAUCGGGAGAGGGCGCAAAGUAGAAUUCAGGACCUGCAACAGGAGGUGCUGCGCCUCCAACUGAAACUCCGCAAAAAACAGGAGCGGGGAGAUGCAUCAGCCCUGUGUUGGGUGCAUUUGGGACACAGGCUGUCUGCACACAUACAAGUGGAUGGCGCUGAGCCACUGAUGACCAGCGCUGACCAGCCAGGACUGCAGCAGUCAAGCAGACAGUUGGCUACGGUUCGGAACAAUAGCCAAGGCUUAAUGGACCUACAGUGCCCAUGAUGUUGAAGGCACUGAGGACUACGAUCACAUAGCGGAGUAACUCAAAGCACUGUGAAGAUUUAUGGCAGGAAACAGGAAGUGACAUUGAGACGUAGUUUGAGUACAAGCGCUACAUGUCCCAAGACGUGACAAAUUUCACCUCUUGACUUUUUUCAAAGAACUCAAGAUGAUACUGUAGAAAGGCCUUUUAGUUUCUUUGUACUGUUCUGGAGCAUUGUGCUAAUGCAUUUAAGUACACUUUAUGGACUUGGAUUUGUAGACUUGAGGAAUACACCUUUUUUAAGGCAGAAUUCAGCACAUGAAGCAGCAAAAUUCAUUUUACUACAGUCUCUGUGAAGAUGGCUUGGUUCCGUGUAAUUUUUCUGAGAAUUAUACUUCCAUGGCACUUAAGUUAGUUUUCGUGCCAGAGGAAGCUCUAGAGACAAGUAAUUGGACCGAACGCAAAGCUGCUCACCGAAUAUACCUCAGUAAAAUGUUUUCACGUUUUCUGUCACAGUAUUGUGAACUCUGUACAUUCUUGACAUAACAAGUGUGUAAAAAUUACAUAAGUUUAGUAAGUUUAUUUAUGAUGCUGCCUAUUUAACUGUGAUGCUGGUUAUGUAGAUUUUCUUUUCUGUAUUAUAUUUUGUUUUCAAUGUUAUAAAUGAAACUUUUGUUGUAUAUAUAAUGUUAUAUAGUAUUUAAAUACAGUCCAUCAUGUCAGUAUAUUGCUGAUUUAAACCCUUAAGUAGCAACCCUUUUCUUGACACGUGCUUGAAAAUGACAAACCAAAAAUAAAAUGGUUACUAUUCUUGAA